AUGUCGACGCCUGCUGAACUCGGCCACAGUGACGCCUGCUGCAAUGUUCCUCCCAUUGUGGCCAGCGGCUACGAGAUCAAGGGCGAAUACAAGACCGUCGGCGAUCUGAAGACCUACGCCACCGGGCCCGAUGAAGCGACCAAGGGCAUCAUCUAUGUCGCCGACAUCUUUGGCUACAAGGACCAGACGCUGCAGGGCGCCGACAUCCUGUCUGUCACUGACAAGCACCAGCAGUACAAGGUCCUGAUUCCGGACUGGUUUGACGGAGAGCCGGCUGCUCUGGAGAUCUUCCCCCCGGACACCGAGGACAAGAAGGCCCGCCUGAUGGCCUUCCUCGGCAAGCACCCGCCGCCGGUCACAGCCAGCAAGCUCCCCGGCUACGUGAAGGCCGCCAGCGAGGCUUACCCCACCAUCAAGUCCUGGGGUGUCAUUGGUUUCUGCUGGGGUGGCAAGGUCGUUUCGCUCGUCACGUCGAGCGCCGAGAACCCUUUCGCCGCCGGUGCCGAGGCCCACCCGGCCAUGGUCGACGCCAAGGACGCUGCCGGCAUCAAGGUGCCUCUGGUCCUGCUGGCCUCCAAGGACGAGCCCCCUGCGGAUGUCGACGCCUUUGAGAAGGCCCUGACCGUGCCGCACCACGUCGAGACGUUUGCCGACCAGGUCCACGGCUGGAUGGCAGCCCGUGCCGACCUGGCCGACGAGCACAUCAAGUCUGAGUACGUCCGCGGCUACAAGACGGUCGUCGAGUUCUUCAGCAAGCAUGUCUAA